UAAAUCCAACAUGGCGCUGAGUCGAGGAGUUUUCAUCGUGGCCGCCAAGCGUACGCCCUUCGGCGCGUUUGGCGGGAAGCUGAAGGACCUGACGGCCACAGACCUGAGUGAGAUCGCCUCGCGGGCUGCCCUGGCCGCGGGCAACGUGCCAGCCGAGGCCGUCAGUUCUGUGGUCGUGGGGAACUGUAUCCAGAGUUCCAAGGAUGCAGCGUACAUCUCCCGCCAUGUUGGCCUGCGAGUGGGCGUCCCCGUGGCAGCCUCGGCUCUUACCAUCAACCGUCUGUGUGGGUCUGGGUUCCAGGCUAUGGUCAACGGAGCACAGGACAUUAUCAUGGGUGAUGCAGAGAUUGUUCUGACAGGAGGGUCAGAGAGUAUGACACAGGCACCCUUCGUCCUGCGGAACGCUCGCUUCGGAACCAGACUGGGAUUGGACCUCAACCUUGAGGACACCCUGUGGACAGGCCUGACUGACCAGCACAUUAACACUCCCAUGGGCGUGACAGCGGAGAACCUGGGAGAGAAGUACGACAUUUCCCGCGAGGACUGCGAUAACUACGCCAUCAGGACACAGUCCAGGUGGAAGGACGCACAUGAUAAUGGCAGGUUUGCUGAAGAGUUAGUACCAGUGACAGUGAAAGGGAAGAAGGGGAAAGAAGAGUUUGCGGUAGACGAGCACCCAAGACCUCAGGCCAACAUGGAGGCCAUGGCCAAACUGCCGCCUGUGUUCAAGAAGAACGGAAGGGUCACGGCAGCCAAUGCCUCGGGUGUAUGUGAUGGUGCUGCAGCCGUGGUGAUUGCAGGAGAGGACGCUGUGAAGAAGUAUAACCUGACUCCCCUGGCCCGGCUGGUCGGUUAUCACUACUCCGGCUGUGAGCCGAGCAUCAUGGGUAUUGGCCCCGUACCAGCCAUAGAGGGACUGCUGCAGAAGACUGGGGCAAAACUGGCUGAUGUAGACUUGGUGGAGGUGAACGAGGCCUUUGCUGCUCAGUACUUGGCUGUAGAGAAGGCUGCAGGGUUGGACCCAGAGAAAACCAACGUGAACGGCGGCGCGAUCGCUCUCGGACAUCCGCUGGCCGCAUCGGGCGCCAGGAUCACCGGUCAUCUGGUGCACGAGCUCAGGCGGAGAGGUGCGAAGCAAGCCAUUGGUUCAGCCUGUAUUGGAGGAGGCCAGGGCAUUGCAGUGCUGCUGGAGAGUGUGUGAACAUCAUGCUGUGACACAUCAAUACACAAUACUGCCUAAAAAUCACAAAAUAUACACAUAAAACACUGUCUUGAACUAAAUAGAACACUGAAUGGUAUAUGGAUUCUUUUUACUAGUAAGUCAGUGGCCUAUGUAACAUCACCAUCUAAACCAGAAACACAUCUAAAUACUAGUAAUAGGUUUUAGAGGUACAUGUACAGCCAUGCAGGCGACAAAUUUUGAAAGCAUAUGAAUGGUCAAUUUGAGUGAUGAUAUUGUUCAUUUGUGUUACACCAAGCUACAUUGUACUUCUUCACCUUUUUUUAGUGCUAAGAAGAUAUCUAUAUCAUAUCAAAUUGCUGUCCUGAGCAGUAACAACAGUAGUGACAGUAACAAGUGAAAUGUAGGGAAACCUGACAAAAGUAAACUCUACAUCUAGAGUGUAAACAGUUGCAGUGGAUUUGUCUACAUUGUGAGAUUGACAACUUUGUAGUGAGGCUGCUUGUGUCAUGUUGAAAUUCAAUAUUUGAAGUGUAAGCUACUGAAUGUGACAACUAUUUACCAACUAUUUAUUUCUCUGCAUCAACAUUCUGUAGCAAUGCCAUACAUGUAUCUGUUCCAUUGUACUGUAUACAAACUAGAACCUGUGUAGAAAUGUAGCCUGGUAUAUAAUAUCUUUGAAGGUCUUGCCAAUUUAAAACCAUUCCAUUGAAAAAAAUCCAUGGCUCCAUUAAUGCAAGCAGUUUUUGCUCUAGUUCUAUCACAUUGUCCUCAUAAUCAUAUAAUCAUACCUUUGUCUUUGACUGUCAUGGUUUGAUUAUAAAGCCUAAGCCCAAACUCUCAGUAUAUUUUGUCUUCCAUGCUUAAAUUGUUGAAUAAUAGAACCAACUUUACAAAGUCGAAGUCUAGUGACUUGCACACUUUAUAUGUGUUACUCUCAAUGCUGCAGUUUGAUGAUGACUUUACCUAGUACAUUGUACAUGACUGUACAGUGUUAUGAUGCGGAAAAUGGAUUACUGCUCUUACUGAUGGCUUAUUGAUAUGCAAAUAUAUGUGCUUCAUUAAAUCUACAAAA